UUCGUUGGAAGGAGGGCAUCAGGUUGGCCACCGAAAGAGAAAGCAAGUCAAAACGGCGCAAAACCUUCCGUUUCGCAACGCCACUUUUUAACGUUUUAAAAAUAAAUAAAUACAAUUGGAAUAUGUGUGCUAUCCAAAUUUCCAAGUUCAACCUCUCCUCCUCCUCCUCUCCUCCUCCUCCUCUUUUCUCUCCGAUGCCCAAGUCUGUCGACUUUUUCCUGCAAGAAAUACAAUUUCGCAUGUGCAAAUCGAAACGCAGAUCCGACGGCGCAGAACCCAUCGCCACCCCGCGAAGCUCUCGAUCCCCCAAACCCUCACAACGCUCCCCCACUUCCACGAGAAGCUCCGACGCCCCCUACGACAGCCUCAACCGUUCAUCCAGCACCGCAGCCUCCAUCUCCACCGGAACCUCUCUCUCCAGCCUCCGCAGCUCCUUGCCCCAACAGCCCCUCAUCUUCGACUUCUCCGAGAUUUGCUCCGUCACCAACAACUUCCUCGCUCGACCACUAUCUGCCGCUUCCACUGCUUGGCGGUGCUCCCUCCGCGGCCGCGACGCUGUGGUCCUCCGGCGCAAGUUCCGCCGCCCGAUCGACUCGUUCCGGCUCCACAAAUGCCUCGCUUUGAUAUGUAGGGCGCACCAUGCGAGCCUCGUCGAUCUCCUCGGCGCUUCGAUCGCCGGCGACCACAUCUACCUCGUGUACGACCACGUUCCCGGAUCUAGCCUCGCCGACUGCCUCAGGAACCCUAAGAACCCUAACUUCACGGUUCUCUCCUCCUGGAUGUCCCGAAUUCAGAUCGCGACAGAUGUCGCGCAAGGACUCGAUUAUAUCCACAACCACGCCCUGCCUGGUUCCUCUCUCGUUCACAACCGCAUCAAAGCCACCAGCAUCAUCGUCACGGAACCGUCCUUUCGCGCGAAGAUUCGGCACUUCGGUGCGGCCGAGCUCAGCGGCGAGAACAUUCUAGACUAUGACGUCAUUGAUUCCGAGAUCCCGGCGGAUUCGCCUCGGCCGUUGAAGCCUCGGGAGCAGAGCAGAUCGGAUACUGAUCAAUUGCGGAUUUUUGAGGGCGCGAGAGGGUACAUGUCGCCGGAGUACAAGUCUUCCGGCGUUGGAACUCAGAAAUCCGACGUGUUCGCGUUCGGAGUUGUGCUGCUGGAGCUAUUAUCGGGAGACGAGCCACUCCGGUACGAGUUCGACCGGUCCAGCCGGUGUUACAGGAGGAUUUCGGUGAUCGAGAGGGCAAGAGACGCUGUCGACGGCGACGACGGUUCGGAUCACGAUCGCGAACGCGAACGCGAACGCGAACGCGACGAAGACGAAGGAGGGAGAGGAGGGAGGCUGAGGCGGUGGGUGGACCCGAGGCUGAAGGACUCGUUUCCGGUGAGCGUGGCGAGGAGGAUGACACGUGUUGCACUGGAGUGCGUGGACUUGGAUCCGGAAAGGAGACCCGAAAUGGGUCGGGUUGCCGGGAAGAUUUCAAAUCUGUAUUUGAAGUCCCAGAUUUGGUCGGACAGGAUGAGAGUGACUGCUGACCAGACUCUCUCUUUUGCUCCCCGUUAACCACGUCCAAAUCCAAAUCCAAAUCCACUAACAAACAAGCUUCUGGCUUCUUUGAAAUCAUACCAGUUUCUGUAGUUUUACGUGAAAAAUACUUCUUUUUUCCUUUCUUUGAUGGAGGGCUACGAGAAAUCAAAAGCUAAAUUUUCUUUUGAUGGAGCAGACGGCAGAAGGCUAAUAAUAAUAAUAAUAAUAAUAAUAAUAAGAGCAUCUUUCCAUUUGCAUGGUA